GUCAAAUCGCGAUAUUUAUUGUUUUCCUUAUUUGUUCUCUUCCCAUUUCAUCCUUUACUCGGUUGUGGAUACAGAACACAAUAAGAUUGUAUACCGUCCAUUUUUGUAACUUCGUGUCUCUUCAAACCAUGACAUUGGCAGAAUCACCGAAAGUCCGGUGGAAGCCAUAAUAUAGAAAAGAAAGAAAGAACUAACGCUAUGGCCUCCUCGUAUUCAUAUCCCGAGUUAUUUUUGGCGGGUUUUAUAUUUACCUUGCCAUUUUUAUAUGAAAAGAGUAAUCUUUUCCGGUAUUAUUUGAAGUUUUUUCUUUACUAUGCCUAUGUAUUAAUUACUUGUACUGUAUUAUUACCAGUUGUAUUGUUAUAUCCAAGGGAUGUUACAAAUUUAAUCGUUGCUUCCAGAUUUUGUCGUUAUGCUUCGUACAUAGUGGGAAUAGAAUGGGAAUUAAGAGGUUUAGAACACUGGGAUAAUGAGCAGUGCUACAUUGUGAUAUCAAAUCACCAAAGCUCAUUAGAUAUAUUAGGUAUGUUUGAGAUGUGGCCCCGCAUGAAGCGAUGCACUGUGGUAGCAAAGCGACCACUAAUGUUCACUGGAGCUUUUGGUUUUGGAGCAUGGCUCUCUGGCCUUGUUUUCAUUGACCGCUUAAAAACUGAUAAGGCUAGACAGUUGAUGAGAGAUGCCACAGAGAGAGUAAAGCGAGAGAAGACAAAGUUAUGGGUUUUUCCUGAAGGAGCAAGAUUCAACAAAGGCACUAUACAACCAUUCAAGAAAGGAGCUUUUUACUUGGCUAUAGAUGCGCAGAUUCCAAUAAUGCCUGUUGUGUUUAGCCAGUAUUACUUUCUUGAUGGUGAAACUAAAACAUUUGAACCAGGAAAAGUGGUGAUAACAACUUUGCCUCCUAUACCUACUAAAGGAAUGACACAUGAUGACUUGGAUGCCCUCUCUGAGCGGGCCCGGCAGCAAAUGAUUGAUGUUUUCAAUGAAAGCUCCAAAGAUUUAGUUAUACAAAACAAGGUUGUUGUGUAAAUGACACUUCCUCAUUUCUAGAAUUAAGCUAAACUAUUCCAUAUAAUAUCAAUAAUUGUACAAAAGGGAACAAAGUCAUGCCCUAUGGAAUAUUACCUCUAGCUAGUGUACACCUCGGUGUUGUAUUGUUUCUAUUUAAAAUUUUUUUUUUCUAGUCACAUAGUACCUGUUUGUUUUACUCGCUAUUGAGUUCCAUUAUAUUUUGUUAUUUAAUUAUUGUUACUAUUAGUUAGGUAUAAUGAUUAAUUCUACAACUAUUGUUGUUCGUAUAUUUUCUCAUGGAA